AUGUCUGGAGGGUCGCCCUGGUUGCUCAUUUGUUGCUGCACCAAUAGGGUUGAAGACCUUCCGUGGGAGUGCCUCACAUCCGUUUUCUGCCCGUCUUUCACCACGACACAAACUCUCACGAUCAUAUUCCGCAACGCAACACAAGGUUGGUUGCAAGCUUUUGAUGCCCGCGCUGUCGCUGUGCAGGGAAAUUUAAUCAUUACAACGCCCAACAUGCACUUCGUUCCAGAGUUUCACCACUUUGAAGAAGAAGACCUACAAGCCUGGGCAGAUGGUCGCUUCGGCGUUAUUGAUUGCUUCCAGUGGCCUCAGUUCUACGAUGACUCUUUUGUCACGCUGUUUGCAUUCCUCGAAAGGAGGCAUUUCCAUUCCCGCAUCCGCUACAUUGGGCCUGGUUCACCCCUAGCCGGGAUGACCUUAAGCACGCUGGCUCCUGAUAAGGUCUAUGGCUUGCAGUCCCUUCUCAAACUGGCUGAGCAACGAGUCCGCAAUUACAGAAAGGAUCAGCUGGACAGAGGUCAAAUCAUAUACAGUCGCCUCUUGUACCUCCAUCAUGCCAUCGCACGGUUGAAGUCCCACCCCCUUACUUUUCGAGAUCUCCUCAUUUUUGUCACCGACGCUCAGCGCCUCUUUCUCGACAUAUACUCUUACAUUGACUGGGUACUCAUCGCCCAACCUCGUACCACUUUCAGUGUUCGCCAUGAGGUCAACUUAGGAUGGAUGGGGGGGUUCGCGCAGAGCAGCGACAUCUGCGAGAAGUUAUUCUGCGCUGGUGUCCCAGCUUGGUAUGUCCGUGCAAGUGCAUACAUACCCCCGAAAAUGAUGGUCGUUGAACUGGUCUUACUCACAUGCCUGGAUCACAUCAUUAUUGCCAUGUACGCAGAGGGCAGAAAAAUCCGCCCAUUUGAAGUCAUCUACCGUGGUCAAGGUGGUCACAAUCAUCAUACGCACAUUCGCCACCUAUAUGCAGGCACGACAUACCAAGAUCCCGAGUCUGACAAAUCCUCUCAACCAUCGUCCAGCUCGAGUCGUCCUGCUUCUGGUCCCAAAUUAUCUGCUCUUGGCAAGGCGCCUAAACAAAAGGGUAAACAACGGCACCGGCCUUACUUCAUCGAAGCUCGCCCUACACAAUUUCCUGAACCCACUCUCCUCAUCGGUCCCAAGUUUCCUGAACGAUUGCAACUAUACCUUGCCAACUGGCUCGCUGCUCGUCCACUCGUCCCUUCUGUCCAACCACAAUCUUCCAAAGGGAAAGAGCCAGACGGAAAGAGUCUUACAGCCACCGAGAAGGGGAAGCGAGCAAUGCAGGACUUAUUCGGCGAUGACCUGUUGGAAACUCAGGGUGAUAUAUUUUCGCCAGAAGGAGUUGUUGAAUUUCGGGGUGAACAAGUCUCCAUCGCUAGUCUUGCUACCCCUCCUUCGCUUCUGGUCCAGAAGAUCACCUGGGAGUAG